UACCUGAGGUGGGCGGAGCUUCAUUCCUGAGUGACAGAACCGACCUUUGGAACGAGCACUCUCACACACUCACACAGACAGACACACAAAGUUAGAGACACACACAGACACACACAGGGUCCAUCAUGGCCACAGACCUAUCUCAGGACGCGGUGCUUCUUUACCUCCGGAGCAGCGGAGGCUCCGCGAAGAACUCCGACCUGCUGCUUCACUUCAGGAACUUUAUCCGGAACCACGCGGACCGGGACCGAAACCGGGAGCUGUUCAAGAGGUUCGUUAACACCCUGGCGACGGUCCGGCAGGAGGACGGAGUGUCCUACGUGGUCCUCAGGAAGAAGUUCCGGGGACAUGUCCCGGGGGACGGAGGAGGUGGAGCAAGAGGCUCCGUGUCCCCGGAGAACACUCACCUGAGCCCGGUGCGACCGGAAGAGCCCCGGACACCAGCACAGCUGAGGGAGGUGGCAGUACCCGCCCCGCCGGGAGAAACCGCCAUGAAAACGAUCCUACCUGCAGCUGGAAUCAUCAUCAACAACAACAUGGAGACGAGUUUGAACCUGAAACGUAAAAUACAACAACCACAACAACAACCACAACAACAACCACACCAGCAGCAGCAACAACAACCACAACAACAACCACAACCACACCAGCAACAACAACCACACCAGCAGCACCAGCCACAACAACAACAACCACCACACCACCCCCACCCCCACCACCACCAGCAGCAGGUGAACAUCUCACCUGAGCCUCGUGUUUCUCCUGCAGCAGCUGCUCCUCUCCACUUCUCUGAGGAACCUCCCCUGAAGACCCCCGCUGGGUCUGCUCCUCCUGUCUUACUUCAGUGCACCGAGGUGCGGCAGCAGACUCUGGGUUUCGGCCCCCCCCCUGGGAUCACACCUGUGGUCCGACAUCAUGGAGAAACCCGCCAGCAGGGGGCAGCCCCUCAAGCCCUCAGGGGCAGGGAGGGCUGUGUGCAGCCUGGAGGAGGAGGAGGAGGAGGAGGAGGAGGAGGAGCCCUUCGUCAAGAGCCUCCUCUUCAUCCUCAGGUCGCUCCACGCCGAAUCAGACACAGGCCGAGCUACAAAUCUGCUGUUUCUCAAGAUGAAGACGAGGAAGAGGAGGAGGUCCACAUGAGGCGAGGCUCAGCAGGAGGAGUGUGGCCGUUAGAAGGCCCCAUGAGGGCCCUCUCCGCCUCCUCGCCGUGCAUCAUAGAGUCACCUGCACCUCCCUCUGUUGCCUCCUCCUCUUCAUCAGAAAGGAAUGUCCCAAAGAUUUACAUCCAGGACGUGGAAGGGGGAACGCUGACCCCCCAUGGCCCAGUUGCUGGCGUUGAGCCAGGGGUGGAGCUAAAAGGACAGUGGGCGGGGGCAGGGGGGGGACCAGCAUAUGUGUCACCAGAGUCGACGCCCAUCAGACACAGCCGACCAGAGAGUUACACGCCAUCUCCAGACCGAGUCAGAGAGGUUUCUCCUCAUCAGGACCUCCACCAGGACCAUCGAUCCUCGCAGCCUUCAGGCGUCCAGCUGGAAGCCAGGCCUCCUCACAGCCAGGGGGCGCUACUGUCGUCCAGCCACAGCAGCGUCUUCUCCCCCUCCUCGGACGCCGGCUUCUCCAGCAGCGACUGGCCUCCGUCUGGCUCCUCCAGAGGAUCCCGGUGGAACAGCAGCUACGAGGAUCUACAGGCCCCGGCAGGUGAGACGGGCCGUGGACGUAUCAUCGAGGACGUCCUCCAGCGAGCACAAAGGACCCAGCUUGAGUCUGUGACGCAUCUCGACGACAGUAAAACCACAGCAGGUCGUUUGUCACCGUUCCAUCGCUCCACCGAACAUCUCCAUGGCAACCAGGACUCUAAACGCCGAGUGUUGCCAUGGCACCUCUCCACAGGUGAUCUCUAUGACGACCAUGAGAACGCUGAGUCCAGCGAUGGCUCCUCCCUUUCGUCCCCUGUCCGGCAGCGCCCGGCAGUCACCAGGCGGCUCAGCCGUCAGGUGAGGAGCAGGAUGUGCUGCAGCCUCGGGGCUGACCUCGACCAGCUCCUCCAGGAGGAGGGGAAGGGAGGAGGAGGAGGAAGUGAGGCGGCCCGACUGAACCGCCUCCAGCUGAUCUCCUCCUCACUCAGUCUACGUCACAACCUUUCCUCCUCCUCUCUGUCGUCCUGCUCCACGCCGCCGCGCAGCCACAGCAUGGCUGACCUGGUCGAGGGGGAGGAGCGGAGAGGAGGCAGGAGGAGCCUCCCUUCUCUUACCACUGCCCCCCCCUCCACCGCUCAGCAUGAAGGCUCCAGUAAACAGUCGUUGGUUCCUCUGGAGCCCAAAGAGCACGACUGGCUGGUGAAGGGGGCGGCGGGGGCCUGGACCGACAUCUACUCCUUGUUCAGAGAUGACCCGUCCCUGCUCAACAAGAGAGACUUCAUCUCGGGCUUCACCGUGCUGCACUGGAUCUCUAAACACGGAGACCACCGAGUCCUCAACACCUUAUGGUAUGGAGUCCAAAAGGUCGGUUUGAUGUUUGACGUCAACGCCAGGUCGACAUGUGGCCACACGCCUCUCCAUGUCGCCGCCAUCCACGGCAACAAGAACAUAAUGCGGUUGCUGGUCAGCAAGUUCGAUGCAGACGUGAAGCUCAGGGACACGGCGGGAAAGAAGCCCUGGCAGUACCUGAGCUGCAACGCACCGCUGGAAAUCUUCCAGCUGCUGGGCGCACCAGCUCGAGUCGCUCUGGGCGGAGACGGACCAGGCAUGAAAGUAGACGCCAGCUGGGAUCAACAACAGCAGCAGCACCGCCGCCGCCGCCAUCAUCUCUCCACAGCCUCCUCGGGAGAGAGGCCGUUGACCAUCGCGGGCACGAUUCGGGUGAAAAGGUCGUCUUCGAUCGCUGCGUUACUCAAACACAAAUCAAUGCGCCGGUUUUACGGACACAAAUCUAACUUCUUAUUUUAAAGAAAACUCCAACUGAUGCAUUAAGUUGGAUUUUGUUUGGAUAAUUCUAGAACCUGGUUGAUUGACCCACCACUGAACUGGAGGUUAACGGUCAGCUGGUCUCACAAAUGGUCUCACGGUUUAAACUGUCAGAUAGUUUCUGAUUAAAGAACUGAUUCUAAUGUGUCCCCUCGAUAUACCAGUGAUUCAGCUCAGUCCAGAUCACUAGAUCACAGGAAGCACCAGAGUCUGUGACCUUCAGUUCCUCUGAUGUGAACUGAAAUCAUCAGACGUGUGAAAGCUCACAGGGAGAAGUGAUUUAGCUUCACAGGGCGGAUCAGUUUUCAGCAGGAUGUUUAUAACGAGAGCUCCAGUUUCACUCGGACACUUUGUUCAACAACAAAGACCAAAGUCCAGCUCUUGUUGCACAAAUUCAACGCUUGUUAACUUUAUAUUCUUCACAUUGUUUCCAAAAUCACCCACUGAGGCUUUUUACUCCGAGUUUCUUCCUUUGAUUCACUUUCUAUAAAAAUGAACUCACAUAGGUUGUGGCAAAAAUAUCACAAACACGUUCUCAACGAGAUAAAAGCCACGCUGCUGUGUGUUGUGUUGUGUUGUGUUGUGUUGUGUUUGGGUUUUAAGGUGCUGAGGUGAACUGAAGGGUGAUGGCUGGUUUUAAUUUUUGUACUUUUGUCCUUCCUUUGAUAACAUUGUCAUAUAACAAGUCCGACUUGUAAAGAUCAAACAAACAGGAUAUAAUGUCGAUUUGUUGCCUUUGAUCAGAACCAGGCUAACUGUUUCCCCCUGUUUCUAGUCUUUGUGCUAAGCUAAGCUAACUCCAGUAUUUCCUGGCUGUAGCUUCUUAUCUGUCACAUUUGAUCCUCUCAUCUCACAUUCUGUAAGAAAAAUACAUUCCCCCAAAUUUUCCUUUUAAAGUGACUGAGUAUUUUUUAUUAGCUCUAAUUGGAGAAAGAGCGAAAAGACGCAGCUUGAGAUGCAUUUUGUUGUCGGGUGUUAUUUUGUUUACCUUCUUUACACAGUCACGUUGUUGUAUUAUUAUCCGCUGUGACUUUUACAGAUCACUUUGAUAAUCAGGAUGAAACUUGUUUAGGUUUGUAAAUGAUAUUGAAGCUGACAGUGUUUUCCUCACAGUAUUAAAUUCACAGUUGGUGAUUAAAUAUUCAGUAUAUAUUAAAAUACUGUGAAUCACAUCAAGUCUCUUUUUAUCCGACUAUUUUCUAUGUCGUGUUGAUUUUCAUCUGUGGAGGAAGAACUCAAACACUUUACUCAUGUAAAAGUACAAAUGAAUGGACAAAUACUAUGUACUAAAGUAAAAGUACACACUAACUUUUCUACUCAAGUAAAAGAAAGUAAUUACUUGCUUUUGAAUAUACUUUAAGUUUUAAAAGUAAAAGAAUGCAACAGUCUAUAAAAUCAAUAACUAUAUCCUGUUUAAGAAAAGUAUACGACCUGUCAUAAAUCUCUUAAACACACAUGUUUAUCUGAUGGUUUCCUCUAAAUUAAUUUCACGUGUUCAAUCACACGCACUUCGCUCUUGUUGAAGGAGGCGGAGUCUAA